CCUCCCUGUGCGCGCUUUGGCGGGAAGUUCUGUCGCGGCGCCGCCCGGAGCUCGUGCUGCUGCCGCUGCGCGCGCGGGGGUCGCUGAGGGGAGCGCUUUUCCUUGGGAAUCAUGAACACCCAGCAGCAGAACAAAAUUAUUUACUCCUGGUAUGGAAAGCCCACAAACUCAGACAGAAAACUGAGGACUUUGCAGUACAAGGGGAUCAUUAUAAAAUCAGAAAGAAGCAGAACAGAAAAAUGUAUACAGCUUGGUGAGUUUGUUUUAAUAGAAGGGGAGAAUGCAGAUCAGCCUUUUGUGGCACAACUCCUGGAUUUCUAUGAAGAUGGCGCUCAGCAGAAACACGCAGUCGUGCAGUGGUUCUCUCAUAUUACAGAGAUACCUCAGAAUAAACGGAAACUGCUUAAAAGAGAGGUUUCUCCCCAAGAAGUAUUUUUUGAUCAGGUUUCUGGCUACGACAAUGACAUAGCUGUGGAGACGAUUAUUGAAAGUGUUCUGGUCAUACCACUACAUCCAAAGGAGGAACUACCCAUUACAUUAAACAAGGAAAAAAUUUUCUACGUGAAACAGUCUUGGGAUGGGAAAUGCUUUAAGGCUUUGUCCACUGACACGUUCUCUAAGCUGAAAGAAGCUAACAAGAAAGGAGAUGGCAUCCCAAACUCUUUGAACUCUUUUAUUCCUUUCGACAUCAUUUCCUCCAUGAAAAAAGAGACCAAGAGGGUUGCUCGGAGUGUCAUGAAAACAAAAAAUGUUGAGGUAGAAAUAGAAUCAAAACAUUCUGCUUCCAAGUCCUCCCUGUCUAAGGAGAGGCAUUCACAAAGAGUGGCUAAUGGCACCAAAACUCCAACAGCAAGGAAGAAGCUACAGUUAAACAGUCCCACAAAAUUUCCUAAAAGCAAGCUCCUGGACUGUGAUGUUCUGGAGCUUUUGGAUGAUGACUGUGAUACUAUAGUAAUGUUAGAACCAUCAGCUGCUAAACGAAAAGUGAAAUUCACUGGAAUUCUAGGCUCACCGCCAAAAAUACCUUGUGCUGAUGAUGACUCAAAUUCACUGGGUGAUGCUGCAGAGCACCAGCAGAGGUUUAGUGAUACAAUACGAUUAUCCCCCUAUAGUAACGUCCAAAAAUCUAACGAAAAAGCCAAGAAUCUUAAUAUUAAAGAUGACACUAUGUGCUUAACUGGCCUUCAGGAGCUGGGUAGUCUGAGCCCUGUAGUCACCCCUCGUUCUCGUAGAGCAUGUGCACAGAAGACAAGUGCUCGCAUUGCACAGCAAAUCAGCUUAUUAAAUAUGAUAGAAUCAAACCAGGAAGAGGAUUUUCUGUCUAGCUCAGAUGGAUUGUACUCUUCAAGUAGCGAGGAAGAAGAUAACGAUGUGCUUUGUACACCGGAAAAGAAAACUAAAGCGAGCAGAAUAUUCAGCACCCCAAAAUCUUCAAGGAAGCCUUCAGUUCACACUCCUGCCAAGACCCUGAAGAAAACUCCUUUACCAGGAACACCGAAGACACCCCGGAAUGCAACUCCUGAAAUUCCCAGACGCAGCCAUGCAGCACAGAAACCAGCCAGUGUGCUAGAAGAAGCCAGAUUAAGGCUGCAUGUUUCUGCUAUCCCCAAAUCUCUGCCCUGUCGUGAAGAAGAAUUCCAGGAUAUCUAUAACUUUGUGGAAAGCAAACUUAUUGAUGGUACAGGAGGGUGCAUGUAUAUUUCUGGAGUGCCUGGAACAGGUAAAACUGCAACUGUUCACGAAGUGAUUCGCUGUCUUCAGCAAGCUGCAGAAAAUGAUGAUGUCCCAACAUUCGAGUUCAUAGAGAUCAAUGGCAUGAAGCUGACUGACCCUCACCAAGCUUAUGUGCAGAUGCUAGAGCUACUGACAGGUCAGAAGGUGACAGCAACCCAUGCUGCAACGCUGUUGGCAAAACUGUUCUGUACGCCUGGACCAAAGAGGAAGACCACAGUGCUCAUAGUAGAUGAGCUUGAUCUUCUGUGGACCCGAAAACAGAAUGUGAUGUACAAUUUAUUUGACUGGCCAACUCAAAAGCACUCCAAGUUAAUCAUCUUGGCCAUUGCUAACACCAUGGACUUGCCAGAGAGAAUAAUGAUGAACAGAGUAGCUAGCAGGCUGGGCCUCACCAGAAUGUCCUUUCAGCCUUACACCUAUAAACAGUUACAGCAAAUUAUUUCAUCUAGACUGAACAGUGUGAAGGCAUUUGAAGAGGAUGCAAUUCAGCUAGUUUCCAGAAAGGUAGCAGCAUUGUCUGGCGAUGCAAGGCGUUGCCUUGAUAUCUGCAGAAGGGCCACUGAGAUCUGCGAGUUUGCUAGCCAAAAGAGUACCCCCGAAAUAGUCAGGAUGGCCCACGUAACAGAAGCCAUAGAUGAAAUGUUUUCAUCACCAUAUAUAAAUGCAAUCAGGAAUGCCUCAUUGCAUGAACAGAUCUUUCUGAAAGCAAUUUUAGCAGAGUUUCGCAGGGCAGGAGUUGAGGAGGCAACAGUUCAACAGGUCUAUCAUCAACACAUAUCAUUGUGUAGAAUGGAAGGCAUGCAGAGCCCCACGGUGUCGGAAAUCAUGGCGAUUUGUUCAAGACUUGGUGCCUGCAGGCUCUUGCUGGUGGAGUCCAGUAAUAAGUAUCUCCACAUGCGUGUGCGACUAAAUAUCAGCCAGGAUGAUGUCAUAUAUGCACUCAAGGAUGAAUAAGGCAAUAGAGAUUUUAUUUUUAUAUUUGUAUAAAUGUUUUAAAUAUCAUCUAUUUUAAUUUUUUUAAGUGUUGAUAACAUGGAAAUAGUGGAAUGUAUUUUUCUAAAUAUUUUUGAUGUAUCCAAGCACCUUUUGUUCAAUAAAGAACGUGCUUUGAAGCAUUUUAAAUAU